AUGUGGCGCGUUGUGUUCUGUGCCGCAGCACUCUCUCGUGCCUCUCCCUUUGAGCCCCUCCCGGUGCACCGGGAGGGGCCUUGGUUCGAGGGCUGGUUCACCCGGAUUACUGACGACCAUGCAAACAGGAGCGUGGCCGUCAUCGUUGCCAGCUACCAGGCCAAGGGCUCCGCCAACUUCUCUUCCAGCUGGGCUGCCGCUCUGGUCUCCCACAGCAACGGCACCAUACUCACGGAGCAGGUCUUCCCGGCGCAGGCCUCGGUCCGAAUUACGGACCGAGGGCGUCCCGUGGACCGAGAGCUUCCCCGGAACCAGCCGGCCGUCUUCGUCGUGGAGUCCGAGGUCGGGAG